UUUGAGACCAUAACAUCACUGGAAAAGCUGCUACAGAACAAUUUGAGCAUUGUAUUGUUUCACCGUACAUGUUGUUCUUCGAAAAACCGUUGUGUCGGAGAGUUUUCCAUUGAUCUAAAAACCAUUUGGGACAGUCCUAGUUACGCGAUCAAUUGAAUCAUCAGAAUGUUGAACCAUAUCUAAUGUGUUCAAUUCUAGAUCACGCAAUUCUCCAGAAGUGGGCUGCACUAGAAGAAUGUGCGGUUCCUUCUGAAACCGGAAACGUUGGAUUCCUACAACUUGAUCUGUCUAUCGUGUCAAAACAGGAGCAACGGAAUCCAGUUAUUCAUCCCAUAACGGAUAGUGAUACAAUUGAAGACAACCUUCUGGAACCGCAUGUCGAUAGUAAGAAUCUUCAACGAGUAAAAUACACGAUCAACAUUUACCAAGGCGAAUUUUCCACCAAAACUGAUUAUGCAAUUCAAGUAUCAUAUAGCGGUAUAAAGUCGAGAACUAAACUGUUGCAAAGCAAAACCGUUCAUGAGUGGAAUGAAAAGAUUUCUUUCAUAGGAACAUUUCCAUCGCUCUCACAAACCUUUAUUUUUGAUAUUGUUGUUAGCGAUUGUUGUCAUAGACGAGUAUUGGCGAGCAAAAGCAUCCCAUUUUCAAAACUAUCCAAGCAGAUUGACAGCGUAUAUUCCUUCCCAACAUUUGGUCCGUCAUAUCUGUAUUUUUAUCAAGGACCACAGAAUGCGGUUUACAUUGGCCGUUUACUCAUGUCAAUUUCUACGGAAGUCGUUCACAAUCGUUCCGUUUCACCGAGAAAAUGUCAAGUUUUACCGAUUACGACUCUGCUGGAUACAUCAGCCUUCUGGACAGAAGAACGGUUUCUCAUGAAGCUCAUUAUAUUCAACGCCUUAGUUUUUGACACCAGUAAACCGACGAAAAUCGCAAUAGCUUUGAAAUGUCUAACGCAAUCCUCCAACUGCAUCGACCUGAAGCUGGAGAAACUACCAGUAUCAAAAGUUUGCAAAGCUAAUCUACAUGAGUUUCCCGAGAACUGUCGACCAAUGUUAACGGUUGAUUUUCGCUGUCCGGACUUUCGGUGGAAGUGCCUUGUAUCAAAUGCUUUGCAACGAGCUUUUACGCGAGGGCGAGAUCUCCUGCAGAAAUACAUUUUAUUCCGGAUGGAUAAUGGUGAAAAGGGAAUUCAGCCGCUCAAGCACGCCAUGCGGAACGUCCUGGAAAACUUCGGAGAGAGUCUGAAGGUCGCGCGUGCUGAUUUCAAUGUCAGAAAGGAUAAACGAUUAACGCAUUGGGAUCAUAAGUGGAUGCUGUACAUCGUGGAGCAAAUUGACUCUAUCAUUUCUGAAACGAACCAGCUGAAGAAAUCAUUAUCUGAACCGUCGAUGGAAAAUAUUUCAACUGCCGAAUCUGUACUGGAUCGAUUUGUGCAUAUUCUUGAAGAUCUCAUGUAUGAUGAACAGAACACAUUCCCCGAUGCCAUACUGCUUAUUCGACAUUCAACAAAAUACGGCUGCUGCAAACAGGCCAGUGCAAAACAUUGCAACCAUCAUGACGCGAUCUGCCGUUUGCAAACCAUCGAUUAUAUGCACUUUGGUUCGGAUUUGGCUAGCGAUGGCAUCGCUGUCAAUGAUCUAAGUUCAUCCUGUGGGAAACGAAAAGCGAUACUGCUAAGACCCUCGCGUUGUCAACAUUCAUGUGACCCCAACUGGUGCGGGUGUGUUUAUGCCAAGCUGGAUGUCGUGGUUUGGGUAGGCAAUGAACAGGAGGCAAAAGCUUACGAAACACGACAGGACACGGCACAAAAUCCAGAAGAUUCUCCUGGUAGAGAUAUCCCCCAGCAUCUCCAAUGUGUUCAAUGUUCGGAAGUUUCCUUGCCGGUGCAGUGUGUUGUCAAUGUGCACCAGGGAAAAAUUCAAGCCGGAUUCGACAGCAGCGGUUUGAGUGAUCCUAUGUUGGUAGUAUUGAUGGAGAGCUAUGAAAUGGCUACAUCGGUUAUUACUCAGUCACUGUCUCCUCUCUGGAAUGAGGUUAUUGAAUUUCGCAAUUUAAAACUACUUGAUUACAAUGAUAGUCUCCGUGGUGGUGAACUGACCAUCAUGCUUCUGUUACUCGAUGAAGAUAAACGAAAGUGUUUGCAGAAAAAUGAUGUAAUCGGUGUUGGGUGGGUGAAAUGCCGUUUAAGGCCAGCAAUUACAACUACUCAUACACCACAAGCCGAAGUCAAUUUCCACGAACCUGCUAAUUCCGGUACGUCGUCUCUAAGGAAUCAAUCCUUAUUGGAUAAUGACCAGCAAGGUGUGACAAUUGCGCACCAUCCCGGUGAUAAACUAUCCAUUCAAAGCGGUCAUCACCCUCAGGAAGUGGAUAAUAAAAUAUCACUAAUUCGAAAGAAGUUUACACGCACCCCGAACGAUGACUUGUGGAAAAGCUUCGACGGAAACCGUAUGGAUAGAGUUUUGCGGUGGGUAGGGAUUUAUCGGAACGGUCAACGUAUGGCAGAUAUAUUACUUUCUGUUUCAAUAGCAAAGAUAAAUGAAGGCAGUGACAACAAUGUGGCGAUAGAAGUGAAGCCGGGAAUCCCGGAAAGCAUUUGUCCAAGUUCAAAAAAGUUCUAUGUUCAAGUUUUGUUUGCUGGAUUGCGAGACUUGCACAAUUGGAGCCGUAGUGGUGCUGGAAGAUAUCAAGUACAAGUAUUAUUUGGCGAGUUGAAGCUGAAGAGUGGUUUGUCUAAUCGCAGCUCCGGACACUCAAUGAGCUUCUCAGAUGUGUAUGAUACCGGAUAUUUGAUGCUACCUUCGAAGUUUGAAUAUUGGCCACCUUUAGUAGUCCAGCAUGUUGAGUACACCAUGUUGAAAGGUGAUCGUGUUGUCAGCUCUAAUAUUAUCACCCAUCCAGAACUGUUAUUCACCGACACCAGUUUAGAACCCAUCAAACAGUAUUUGAUUAGUAACUAUCGGUCGCAUAAUGAGAUGGAAAGGAUUUCCAUCGACACUUUUUAUAGUGCAGAACAGGAACCUCUCAUUGAGUCAGCUGAAACGAAAUCCACUUUCACAAACAAAGUACUGCCCGCACUGCAUGCUGUGAAAACAGUCAUAUCGGGGAAAAUCAAAGCUCGGCACAAGACAUCUGACGGUAAAGCAGUCAUGAAAAGAAGAGGUUCAUUGGAGAGUGAAUACACGUGGUGGACCAAGUUUUACAACAGUUGUAGCUCCCAAACGUCCGAUCGUAAACAUAAAUUGAUGAUUUACCCUUGCGAACUGGAGAAAGUUCCAGAGUUUGAGAAUUUUCAUGAUUGGAGUACACCGGUUCCUCUAUUGAAAAAGGUCGAUCACAACAAUAUGAAACGGUUGAAAACGUACGGAAAUUUAAAAUGUAAGAUUAUAAUUCGAUCUUCGGAGGAAAACUCAGAUGGAAAUCGAACUCUUGAUCCGAGCACAGAUUGCAUGUUGCGUUCCAUUCCGAAGUUGAUAGCAGAAACCAACAUUAUCGUGGUUGUUUAUAUCGUCCAAGGAAAGAACUUACGAUCCCGCGAUAUAUUUAGUCUUUCCGAUGCCUAUGUCAAAUUAGAGUUCGGAGAUGAAAGAAUCGUUGAUCGAUCCCAUUUCAUCAAAGAUCAGUCCAAUCCGCUGUUUGGAAGAAGAUUCGUAAUGCAUGGUCGACUUCCUCGAGAUAAUGCUUUGAAAAUAUCAGUGAUUGAUAGAGACACUUGCUCGCCAGACGAUUUGAUAGGAUCAACCACCAUAGAUAUUGAAGAUCGCUUCCGAACGAGACAUUUCGCUAUGUUUGGCCUGCCACAGGAAUACAACGCUUAUGGCUACAAUGUUUGGCGCUUCCCUAUGAAACCAAGUGCCCUGUUGGACCAACUAUGUUUCCAGAACGGUAUUAUCGGUCCCAAUUACUUUACUAGCACUGUUCACCUUGCCGGAAUUACUGUUCACGAUUCCACCACUAUAUCUAAGACUGAGGAUAUCCAUGAAAGGCUGGCCCUAGCUACUCUUAACAGUUUCCACAAAAUUCCUGUCGUUGGGUGUCAUCUAGUGCCGGAGCACGUGGAAACCAGAUCGCUUUUUCAUCCCAACCAUCCAGGAAUAGAACAAGGACAGCUACAGAUGUGGGUUGAGGUCUAUCCGGCAGGUUCAUCUCCGACUCUCAUAGACAUUACUCCCAAUCCGCCAAAACCGUUCGAGCUACGCAUCAUUGUAUGGAACACCCAAGACGUGAUUCUGGAUGAACGGAAUAUCUUUGGGACGAAAAUGAGCGACAUAUAUGUAAAGUGCUGGCUUCAAAACGUGAAUGAUGCUCAGUUCACCGACAUACACUACAGAUCAUUGGACGGAACGGGAAACUUCAACUGGCGUAUGAUAUUCCCACUUAUUUAUUCUAGCUCAGAAUCUAUGAUGGUAGUUACUCGUAAGAAAAGUUUUUACGAGCAACUUGACACCGAGCAGAAAGUUCCUCCCCUAUUGACGGUGCAGGUUUGGGAUAAUGAUCUCUUUUCGCGCGAUGACUUUCUCGGCACAUUGAACUUGGAUCUGGCGCAGCUUCUACGACCAACUUCGAAGGCUGCUAAAUGCUCUCUUCAACCACCUGGUGCCACCAAACGAGAUCAAUAUUUGAAUUUGUUCCGGGAAGACAAAGUACGCGGCUGGUAUCCUAUAGUUGGAAAAGUAAACAACAAGCUAACCCAAACGGGAAAAAUUGAAUUAGAGCUUCAAAUUCUAACCGAGGAGGAAGCAUUAUUGCGACCAGCUGGCAAAGGACGCAAGCCACCGCAAAAGCUGCCAACACCUGAGCGACCAGACACAUCAUUCAAUUGGUAUCGCAACCCUCUCAAGUCCUUCCGAUUGAUCCUGUGGCCAUUCGCACGCAAAGUGUGUCUGAUAUUGCUUGCAAUAGGUCUCGUCGUGCUACUCUGCAUCGGGCUGAUAAGCAACACACCCAAAGAGAUAAUAUCGAGAGGCUUCGCCAAGAAGGCCACCCUGGAUGGCUUUGUCAGCACAGGAAUUGAAGAGGAUUAACGUUGUGAAAUUGUCUUUGUGUGCUUAUGAACUUAGGUGAACGAACACCCCUUAUUUGAAUACGUCGUAGAGUGUCGCGCCAAGUCGGCUUGUUGAAUAUGUUAUCAGUUUGUUAUCUAGUGGCUAAUUACAAAUAUAA